GUCUUACAUGCCGCUAGCUCGGCAGAGCGCGCUGAAGCUGCGCAUCGGCUGCGUGAAGCCGCACGCCUCGUAGGCUGGCCCUCGGAGCCCGCAUUCAUCAAAUCAAAGCGCUCUUGUCUCGCCGGGGGGUUCCACAGAGUAUAUCAUGAGGGCUGCACUGACUGCCCUCGCAGCCGUGCUGCUGUCGCAACACGCCGCGGCCGCGCGACGCUUGAGACACCGCCGCCGCUGGCGCGCCAGCCGCUUCGCGUCGAGGCGCAGCCCCUUCGCCACCCACACAACUCUCCCGGACGCGCAGAACUGCUCCUGGAAGGCGCUGACCCAACAGCUCGACCACUUCGGGAGUAUUGAAAAGACCUUCGACCAGCGCUUGUGUCUGUACGACGGCUUCGCCACAAAAAACAUCACUCGAGUACUACUCUACGUCGGCAACGAGAGCCCGGUCGACGAGUACGUUAAUAAUACUGGACUCAUGUGGGAGUAUGCGGCUAAGCGACCUGGCACAUUAUUAGUGUGGGCCGAGCACCGCUACGAGGCGCGAUCCACGCCCGACACCAAAGGUAUGAGAGAUUGCCUGAGUUUCUGCACGGUGGAGCAAGCGUUGGCCGAUUAUGCGGUGGUAAUACAGAAGCUCCGCGCAAUCUAUGGCCAAGUGCCGGUCGUCGCCGUCGGCGGCAGCUACGGGGGCAUGCUCGCGGCCUGGUUCCGGCUGAAGUAUCCCGCAUCGGUACAAGGCGCCAUCGCCGCGUCGGCGCCGAUCUGGGGUUUACCUUUGUGUAGACCGCCGUUGAACGGAGGGGCGAUCGCCGUAGCAAGGGCCUUCGGCAAGGCCGGCGGGUCGGAACAUUGCGCCCGGAAUCUGAGAGGAGCUUUUCCUUUGAUGAAUGAAAUCGGCAAAACUCCGACUGGGAGGACGUUCCUCUCGGAACGCUUCAGGCUCUGCCCUGGUUCAUUAGGAACAGAUGAGGAGGCCGGCCUACGCUUAGCGAAGGCCGUCCAGGGCGUCUUUUUUGACGUUGCCGAAGCCGACUACCCGUUUCCCUCGACCUAUAUCACGUCGGCCGUCGGACCUGGAAACUAUGCACUGCCGGCGUGGCCGGCGCGCGUCGCUUGUUCGGAAUUGUUGGAUUUAAUGGUGGACGUGACCGACGACCGUGUCACGGUGGACGGCGUUUCUAUCAGUGUGGACUGGGACGCGACCUCCUCGGACUUCUUCCCGACCGCUUCUGUCAGUGACUUGGAAAGCAUGCCUCAUUUAACUAAGUUGUUACAUGGAGCUUUAGGUGCCUGGAGCGUCUGGUGCAACGUCACUCAUACACUCAAGUGCUUCGACCCGAGCCAGUGCGACAGCUCGAACGGCGACUCUCCGUGGCUCUCUCACGAGACGCAUAGACUCUCUGACGGCCACGUCGACGGCGUCGAGGCGGCGCGGCGUCGCCUCGACGCCGUCGACGCGACCUUGAAGCAACAGACGCCUCCCUUCGCGACGACGACCAAGAGCGAUACGUGCUCAACCCAGUACGCGGGCGGCGCCGCGAGCGCCUGGGAGCCCGUGGUCUGCAACGACGACUUGAACCUCGUGAACUACCUCCACCAGGGCGACACCGACGGUCUCUACUGGCCGCCGAACCACGCUCCCAAUGAGACGCUCGAGGACGCCUUGGGGCCUAUCGGUUCGAAAGGAGCGGGCUGCGCGCCGCCGCCCGGUCUGGCGGGCUAUCCUACGACUUCCGACCCGUGGAGCCAGUGGCUCGACGCGUAUUUUGGCAGGAAGUCACUCGAAGGCUACUCGAACAUUAUCUUUUCGAACGGGCUACUAGAUCCGUGGAGCAGCGCCGGGGUCUAUGAUGAUCUGACGGUGAUCGAACCCGGGAGGUACACGGGCCCCUGGCUCCGGAACCUUUCCUCGUCAAAGGACGUGAGCGCCCUGAUCUUGCCGCUCGGGGCCCACCAUUUGGACCUGAUGUUCUCGGACGACGACGACCCGCCGGAGGCCCCCUACGCUCGUAGGGUGGAAUUUGCGGCGAUCGACCGCUGGACGAGUUAAGUGCGUGCCCGUGUCCUUUUGGGUUCAUAUCGUACGCGGGUGACGAAACCUCCGACAUUUGCACGUCAUUGGGAGCCGCUACUACGGCUAUGUCCGCAACUACAUCCAUACCUAAAUCUGUAUCCGACGCAACGCCUCGUUCGUCGCAUUUUAUAGCGGUGUGUAUCCUGCCGCGCUCACGUUCCCGACGCAGGUCUUCGCGCGUCGACGCGCGACGCAUUGUGUGAAUAAGUACGUUUGUUUUACAGUUGGCUACUUCGAGUGAUUGUGUCGGGACGCCCUCAGGCGGUCGUUCUCGGCCGCAAGCGCUCUGAAGGCCGCGUGGCUCGCCUCCAGAGCGAUCGCCGCAUUGCGCGAACGGAGCCGUGCUUCGUCGAAGUCGUACGACUUGGUGGCCAGGGUUGUUUUUGCCUCGACGAGCGCCUGGGCAAUUUCCCCGGUCGUCGACUCGCGGCGCGAGAUGUCGCCGUUCAUGCAAAACCUGUUUUGAUCCGGUCAGCUCCGCGCGCGCGUAUCCCGUAGCACCCCAACUGGGCGACAGGACACGCUCACAACACAAAAGA